AUGACGCUGCACCUGGUCGCUGACAGAGACGGCGCGUUCUUCGACGAGGCCGCGAGCCAGAACGCGACUGCACUCGCGCUGGGCUUCGAGACCCCCGCCGAGGCUCGGGCGAGUGUCGAGGCAACGGCCACAUUCGACGCCGUGCUGCGGAGGGUCGUAAAGUGGAAACGGGGCGUCGAGGACCGUCGAGGCAACCCCAAGAGGGUCGCCAAGGCCGUCAGGUCAGGUCAGAAGCUCGAGGACGGGCCCGCCCGGGAGUUCCUCCGCGGCAUCGUGGCGCCAGAGAGGUCGGAGGCGUCUGAAGGUAUUUCGAAGUGGGAGAAGCUCGGGCGCGACCUGCGCCCGGACAUCUUCACGGAGAAGGUCAUGCCCCUCUUCGAGUUCUUCGAAGAGGAGAUGGGCACCCUGACUGGCUACAUUGCCAAGCUCAGCCCGGACCUCGCCAGGAAGCACAUGCACGUUGCGCCCUUUGACCCGUUGCUCGAACUGCCCCUCAAAGGUCAGUCGGCGUUGCGGAUCCCCACUGGCUGCGUCGUCUGGACGCACGCGUUGCUGUACAAGGCCUUCAGCGAGGAGUCCGAGGGCGGAACAGUGCCCCUCGGCGCCGAACUGAAGACCCGGGUCAAGCAUCACCUGGAGAGCUUCCAGGUGAUGCACGGGUACGCCCACGACCUCAUCCACGGGGAGGGGGGCAUGCAGCCGCCAUCCGCGCUCUGCCGCGUCCAGGACCCCCUGCGCGAGUGCCGAACAUGA